GGUAGGGGGGCAGCGGGGACCUCCAGAAGGACCAGAGCUUCACAUCAAGUGUAACUCCAUUAGAGCAAUGGAUUUGAAGAGGGUGCUGUCCUUCCCCCCGUACCCCGGGGACUACCUGCACCCGGUGGUGUACGCCUGCACUGCAGUCAUGCUGCUCUGCCUGCUGGUCUCCAUCAUGACCUAUAUCGUCCACCACAGCGUGAUCCGCAUCAGCAGGAAUGGCUGGCACACACUCCUCAACUUCGUCUUUCACACUGGGCUGACAUUUGGAGUUUUUGCCGGGGGCAUCAAUCAGAUCAACUUACCUUUUGUGUGUCAAAUCGUUGGCAUUGUACUCCACUAUGCAUCAUUGUCUACCAUGCUGUGGCUGACAUUUACUGCUAGGAACAUCUGUAAAGAUGUGUCCAAAGACCCGCUCCGGGCCCACAAAAGGACCGGGUCGGCCCAGACUCGCACCAAACCAACUAUCCUGAGAUUUUAUCUUGUAAGUGUUGGAAUCCCUCUCAUAAUUGUUGGAGUUACUGCAGCAUUUGGUAUGGACAACUAUGGUAGCCGGGAUGACGCUUUGUAUUGCUGGAUGGCAUGGGAACCAAGCUUGGGGGGUUUCUAUGCCCCUGUGAGUUUCCUGGUCUUAGUGGUGUGUGUGUACUUACUGUGCUCAUACAUCCAGCUCAAACGGCACCCAGAGAAGAAGUAUGAGCUGCGCCUCCUGAGUGAGGAGCAGCAGCAGCUAUCCUCCAGCGAGUCAAACCACCACUGCCACACCGACACUGGGGGGGUCUCUGCGGGGGAUUGUCCACCAUUUGCAACAGGCGUGUCGGUGUUGGUCAAUGAGCACUCGUUUAAAUCUCAGCUGCGGGCCACAGCCUUCACCCUCUUCCUGUUCCUGUCCACCUGGGCUUUAGGAGCGUUAGCAGUAUCACUUGGACAUUUUCUGGAUAUGAUAUUCAGCUGCCUGUAUGGGGCUUUUUGUGUCACUCUGGGACUCUUCCUUCUAAUUCAGCACUGUGCUAAACGUGAUGAUGUGUGGCACCGCUGGUGGGCAUGUUGCCCGUCUAAGUCCAAGUCUGAGGACAGGAAUGGGGACAGACAGAACCAGAGGCAGGAGCUCCAUCAGCCUCACUGCCACCUGAGCUCCCCAUGCUCCGGCAAGCAGCCUCUACUCUCUCCUUAUAUUGUGCCCAGUUCCUACCACACACCACCUUCACAUAGUCCCCCAACCAAUCACACGGGUCCGUGCUGCGUGGCUGUCAUGAGUCCUGUUAAUGCCCCCCUCUCACCUCUCCCUGAGCAGUUACCCUCCCCUCGUCCACAGACGCUCUCUGAGGAGCUCCCCCGCCCCACCCUGCCUCUUCAGAGCUGCCUUAACGACAGGACAAAGUCCCGCUCCUUCAACCGUCCACGUCCAUGCCUUCAGGACUACCGCUCCCACCUGACUUCCACCAGCAUGGAUGGGAGUGUGCACAGCCCCCACCUGGACAGCCCUCACGCACCACACCACCUCGCUGGAUCGCCAUUGGUUUGCCAAAGCCCCCACCCAGACCUGCAGCUGCCCUGCCCCAGCCCUAUCUUAGAUAAGCAGCUGGCUUCCUGCCAAAGCUUGUUACGCCAAAACUCCUGCCACAGCGUACAAGACUCAAUAGCUUCCUGUCACAGCCAUGCACACAACAUGCAUGACAGCAUUACUUCCUGUCACAGCCUCCUCAUGCCUUCUCACAGCGUGCACACCUGCCAGUGGCACAUGUACAGCUCAGCGGAUCACUCUUCUACUACAAGCUGCUGUGAGAAGCCUGAUCCCUUCACCUUACAAUAUCAGCAAGACCCUGACACAUACAGCAGUGUGUCAAAGACAAGAGAUAAAGAAAAGGAUAAUCUCUGCGUAGAGGAACAGGGUUUCCCAAGAAACACUCUGCCUCGGCACGGCACUAUGGGCCGGCGAGGAACCAUCGGCAGGAACAGGAGCCUGCAGGAAGAAGGACUGUUUGGGUCGGACGGACCAGGCACCAUACGGACUGGCCCUUGGAAGAAUGAAACCACUGUAUAGUCGUCUUAUACUUGUAUCUGUACUCACUUGCAAGACCUUCUUCCAGCUGCCCUGUAAUUGAAUUACUCCUUAAGUGUUUGGUUCUCAAUGCCUUCAGCUGACCCCUUUUCUCAGUGAGGCCUCGUAUCCUGAUAUUUGACCAACCUUUAUGACAAAGUUAUCUUUAAUUUUACAAGGGAUAAGAUAAACACAAGAAAGGUUUGAAAAAUGUUGAAUUAUUAUUCUGCUCCAUUUAAAGUUGCAAUCAGUACUGUAUGGCUUUGGGACCCAGUGGCUCUGUAGUUAGCAAGUUCACAGCAAGAAGGCCCCGAGUUUGAACCCCAUACACAUUUAGUUGGCGUUUUUAAUGUUUGUGCCAGUUGAUCCACAUUCCUCAUACAUCCACAAAUGCAAAUUGGAUUCAAAAAUGAAUUGUCUAAACUAAGAUACUUGAUCCAGAACCAACUCGAGGA